CCUAAUACAGGAUAAGUGACUUGCACCAAUAGCAAACCAGACUUUUUUCUCUUUUCUUAAUAUUCUGGUAAUUCCAUUUCAAAAUGAACUGUUAGCUUUGAAAAACAGUAAGAACAAGAAUUUCUCUUUCCUCAAAGAAGAACAAAUCUUUUGAAAACUAAAAGGCAAGUGCCAUGAAUGCUGAUGAUGAUGCUAAGUGGCUGGAGUGGGUGUCACGCCAGUUUGAGACCAUUGCUGGAGAAGACCGGGAAAUUGACUUGCAAGAAUUCAAGACAGCAUUGAAAGUGAAAGAGUCCUUCUUUGCAGAGAGGUUUUUUGCCCUGUUUGACUCUGAUGGAAGCGGCACCAUCACCCUACAAGAGCUUCUGGGGGCUCUGAAUCUACUCAUCCACGGGAACACGACGGACAAACUCAAAUUCCUCUUCCAGGUGUAUGAUUUGGAUGGCAGUGGGUCCAUUGAUCCAGAUGAGCUUCGCACCGUGCUGCAGUCUUGUCUGAAGGAGAGCUCCAUCUCCCUGCCAGAAGAGAAGCUGGAUGACCUUACCCUGGCCCUUUUUGAAUCAGCUGACAAAGACCAUAAUGGCUCUAUCACCUUUGAGGAGCUCCGGGAGGAAUUAGACAAUUUUCCUGAGGUCAUGGAAAAUUUAACCAUCAGUGCAGCCAGUUGGCUAAAGCCUCCAUCCUCCAAGAAAAGGCCACAGAUGCCCCGCUUCCUGACCUCAGCAUACUGGCAUAACAACACUGGCAAGCUGGCCGUUCUGGCAGCCUACAUUGGGGUCAACAUCCUGCUCUUCACCCUGGCAGCCCUGAAGUACCAGGCCUCAGGAGCCAGUCUCAUGGUGGCCAGAGGUGGUGGCCAAUGUCUGAACUUCAACUGCAGUUUCAUUGUGGUGCUGAUGCUGCGGCGUUGUCUCACGUGGCUAAGGGCCACAUGGUUGGCCCGAGUUUUCCCAUUGGACCAGAACGUUGAGUUCCACCAGCUCGUAGGCUAUGUGGUGUUUGGAUUUACACUCAUACACACCAUUGCCCAUGUGGUCAACUUUGUGCGCCUUUCUCAAUUGGAGGACAGCCCCUUCCAGUUCUGGGAAUAUCUCCUCACCACCCGGCCUGGCAUUGGCUGGGUCCAUGGCACAGCUUCCCUCACAGGCAUUGUUCUGCAGCUUCUCAUCCUCAUCAUGCUUGUAUGUUCCUGCUCCUUUGUCCGGAGGAGAGGGCACUUUGAGGUGUUCUACUGGACCCACCUGUCCUACAUCUGGGUCUGGGUGCUGCUCAUUAUACAUGGGCCCCAUUUCUGGAAGUGGCUGCUGGCCCCUGGUCUCUUAUUCUUCCUGGAGAAAGUUGUAGGGUUGGUGUUGUCCCGCAUGGCGACCCUAUGCAUUGUGGAAGUCAACCUCCUCUCCUCCAAGGUCACUCACCUCGUGAUCAGUCGACCCUCUUUUUUCCACUACAAGCCUGGAGAUUACAUAUACUUGAACAUCCCAGCUAUUGCCAAGUAUGAAUGGCAUCCUUUCACCAUCAGUAGUGCUCCAGAGCAGGAAGGCACCAUCUGGCUGCACAUCAGAUCUCAGGGACAGUGGACAAAUAGGUUGUACAAUUACUUCAAGGCUUCUGACCCUAUUUGUUUUGGUGUCAAGAGGCUGACACAGAGCCUGAAGUUCAGAAGGAGUCAGAGAAAGCUCCAGGAAACCAAGAUCCAUGUCUUGGGUGCUCAUUCUGCUAAUACAGCUCAAGGAGUAGUGGCCACUAGCACGGAGAACACCGUGCAACUGAUGAACUACACAUCUGAGAAACUGCCCCAGCAAAACAAGGAAGACCUUAUUGACUAUGGAAAGGAGAGAGAAGAAAAGGUUCAGCCAAGAAGUGUCUUUCCUCAGUUAAAUGAAAACCACCGAUUCUGUAACAUCAAGUGCUACCUGGAUGGUCCCUAUGGAACUCCAACCCGACGGAUCUUUGCUUCUGAACAUGCAGUACUGAUUGGGGCUGGUAUUGGCAUCACCCCUUUUGCCUCCAUCCUGCAGAGCAUUAUGUACAGGCACCAAAAGAGAAAGCGAAGCUGCCCCAACUGCCAUUACUCAUGGUGUGAGAAUGUCAAGGGUGAUGAGAUGAAGCUAAAGAAGGUGGACUUCAUCUGGAUCAACCGAGACCAGAGGUCAUUUGAGUGGUUUGUGAGUUUGCUGACCAAGCUUGAGAUGGAUCAGGCGGAAGAGGAACCAGGAGCCCAUUUCCUGGAGUUGCACAUGUACAUGACUUCUGCCCUGGGCAAGAAUGACAUGAAAGCUAUUGGCCUACAGAUGGCACUUGAUCUCCUGGCCAAGAAAGAAAAUAAAGACUCCAUCACUGGACUGAAGACAAGGACCCAGCCAGGGAGACCAGACUGGGGCAAAGUGUUCGGAAAGGUGGCUGCUGAAAACAAGGGCAAAGUCCAGGUGUUCUUCUGUGGAUCUCCAGCUCUGGCCAAGGUGCUGAAGAGUCACUGUGAACAGCUCAACUUCAGAUUCUUCAAAGAGAAUUUCUAAUCCCAACUCUGUAAGCUCUUUCUUACUAGGAUUUGGGAAACUGUUAUUCUUGGAGGAGGAACUGAAUGGUGAUGUAUUGUUGUUGUGAGAUUUCAAAACCUGCCACCUGUGAUCAAAUUCUUAGUCACACAGGCUACCUGGAAGCACCAAGACAAGAGCAGAGGUAUUAAUGCUCAUCUCCAAAUUUUAUCUUGUCCUGAUGGAGCUGAAGAGACCAAUACCAGAUAGAUUUCAUUUGGAACACAAUGUAGUAGAAAAUAUAUUGUUGAAUGUUUGUAUUCUAGAACUUUGAAGGGCUGCCAUAUGUUUUUCAACCAUCUCAGGCUGAAGGCUGACUGGGAUGGGAAGGGUAUAUGACAUAUUGGUAAAAACAGUUGCAGGAAGAAUCUCAGGUCAAUUUUACCUUUUAAAGUAGUCUUCAGAGAGACCCUCCCCCCAAAUCCUAAGUGUGUGCUUUCUAAAUCUAUGCUCUCUCAGAGACAGACAAGUGGAAAGAUGUUUUUCAAUUCGUGUGGAGAAAAUCUCUCCACUUAUCUGCAUGUUGUUUGCUAUCUUUUUCCUCUGCAUCUUCCCAUUUAUUUCUUUCUGUCUCUGUCUCUCAAUAUCUUUGUAUCUGUCUCUCUCCUCUUCUCUUUCUUGAGCGACAAUAUCAUAGUGUGGGAAGCCUUUUGGACUUUCCGUCAGGAAUACCUGGGUUUGAAUCGCACUUUUGAAAAAGACUAGUGGUGUGACUCUGGGCAAGGAGAACAACCUAAGUCUCUGUCUCCUCAUUGCAAAAUGAGGAACCUCUCUUACAGGGCAUUGUGAGGAUCAAAUGAGAUAUUGUAUAGAAAGCCCUUUGCAAAACUUAAAACAUUAUAUAGUCACUUCUCUUUG